AGUAGUGUUUUCAGUUGGUGCGAAGUCGCGUGUUUUCAUUUCGUAGUGCGUUGUAAUUUCCGUUUUUGUAGUAAAACUAGUGCUUCCUUUCCUCCGACAAUGGAUCUAAUGCUCAGUAAUUUCAUCACCGACGAUGGACCAGUUGUCGAAAAGAAAAAGAAGAAAUCCUUCGGAACCGAUGGCGGUGGAGGAAAGUUUUCGAUGGUUUUUAGCAACAGUCAACCGGUAAAGGCGGUCGUGGCUAGGAAGAGGACGUCGGUUGCACUGAAACCGAGCAACAGUAAAGCACAAGAGCCCAAGAAAGCACCGUUUUCGUUGAAGCCUCCAGAACCGCAGGCGGAAAGGGUUGUGGAGAAGAAAGUUGCUCCACUGGCGGAAAGGAUUGUGGAGAAAAAAGCUACACCACAGAAACCGAUUAAAGCAGUUGAGAAAUUCGCUCAGAAACCUCCAGGCCACAAGCAGAAAGCUCACUCCGGAUCAGAUUUUUCACUGACUGAAAAAUUCAACCAAGUCACGAAGGACAGAAAAUCGAACAUGUUCGACCGCAUGAAGAACGAUAUGCCCAAGGUGGAAUUGCCGGAAGUUCACCCACUCACGGAAAAGGUAUUCAGCGAGGCGACGAUCGAUUCGUUGGACAUCCAUCCGCAUUCGAAGAAGAAUGUGAUAGAUCUGCUCCACUUCAAGCACCUUACCGUGGUGCAGAACCUAUCGAUUCCGAAGAUUUUGGAAGGAAAGGAUGUGCUGAUUCGAGCGCAAACCGGCUCGGGAAAAACAUUGGCCUAUGCUUUACCCCUGGUGGAGCGUUUGCACUCACAGGACGUGAAAGUUUCACGAUCGGAUGGAAUUUUGGCGGUAGUUAUCGUGCCCACUAGGGAGCUCGCUUUGCAGACCUAUGAACUGUUUUUGAAACUGCUGAAGCCUUACACUUGGAUCGUGUCCGGGUAUUUGAGUGGCGGCGAGAAAAGGAAAGCUGAAAAGGGACGACUGAGAGCUGGAUUGAACAUCUUGAUAUCGACUCCGGGGAGAUUUUGCGAUCACUUGAAAAAUACCGAAUCGAUGAAGAUGAACGCGGUCAAGUAUCUGAUUCUGGACGAAGCGGAUCGUCUGCUGGAGCUGGGAUACGAGAAGGAUGUCAAGGAGAUUGUGGAAUCGAUUAAGGCCAAUUGCUCGGAGGGAGAAUCCACCGUUCAAACAGUUUUGCUGUCGGCGACAUUGACGCGUUCGGUCAAAGAACUGGCAGGGCUGACCCUUAAAGAUCCGGAAUACGUGGACACGAGUGACAUCGCCGUGGAACGUCGAUUCGAUAACACCAACAUCGACAACAUGGAGGAACGGAUAACCAUUCCGGCUACGGUUCAUCAAAGCUACAUCGUAAUUCCACCGAAGCUACGGCUCGUCACCCUCAGUGGGGUGAUUGCCUACGAGUUCAACAGACAGGUUAAGAAAUGCCUCGUGUUUAUGGCCACUCAGGACCUGGUGGACUUCCAUUAUGAUGUGAUGGUUGAAGUUUUGACGCAGAAGAAACCAGAUUCGGACGACGAAAAAGGCUCCGAUGAGGAUGAUUUGAGCGAGUCGGAAUCGGAACCGGAAGACAGCUCCAAUGAAGCGAUACUCCUACCAAAGGUAUCGUUCUUCAAACUUCACGGAAAGAUGACCCAAAUCGAGCGAAGCUCGGUAUUCAAAGAGUUCCGCAGUACCAAAUCAGCCGUCCUGCUGUGCACGGAUGUCAUUGCCCGAGGAAUAGACGUCCCCAGUGUCGAUUUGGUUGUACAAUAUCACGCCCCGCAAAUCCUCGCGGAUUACGUCCACCGGGUGGGACGUACGGCCCGAGCCGGCCACAGUGGGAAGGCUCUGCUAUUUGUGGAACCGUCGGAAGUCGAAUUCAUCAAAUACCUAGCUGGCAAGCAAAUCAAACUGGCAGAGGAACGGGUAGAUCCCAUUUUCGGACGGAUCGGAGUGCUGAUUAAUAGCACCCCGGGGCGGAAGAACAAAAACAAGGAACAAGCGUCCAUCGAGCUGCAGCAUCGGUUCGAAAAGCUGAUCGCCGCCGAGAAGGAGCUUUUCAGCAGUGCCUGUAAAGCAUUCGUUUCCUGGGUGCGGUACUAUUCCAACUUUCCGAAGGAGUUGCGGCGGAUUUUCGCCAUCAAAGCGGUCAACAUGGGCCAUUAUGCCAAGUGUCUGGGGCUGAGGGAUCCACCGAAGCAGUUCGUUCGGGAGCAUACGGGCCCCAAGGAGGGGGAGGAGCACGGUCGCAAGAGGGAGUUCCAGCAGAGGAGAAGUGGAGGUGGUGGCGGUCGUGGUGGCCGUGGCGGCCGUGGAGCUGGCCGGGGAGGAAAGCCUGCCGGAAGAGGUAAACCAUUUGCGAGCAACCCACGGAAGCGUCCAUUCUCCGGCGGCAAUGACAGACCAUCGUCGGGCGCCAACCGGAAGCACCAAGACCUUGCCAGCUAUGCGCAAAGUUCCCGCAUGAUCAACACGUCCGAAUUCGCCAGUGGUCUCGCGCCGGCCAGGAAAAAGGCCCGAAAGAACUGAAAACUGUUCCCGCUGAAGCAGCAACCACCGUUUGUAAAUAUAUGCACACCAAGACCGACGUACGGUCCAUGAAAGUGAGUGAGUGAGUAAUCGACGAGCAAGACGAGCAGGGGCAGUGCCGAAGAGUAGUAGGUACCUUUAUUUGUUUUU